AACCACUUAAAAUGUUCCUUCCAAUCUGUCGUUUUAAUCAUAUCGAUUUUUUGCAGGAUGAGAAAAAUCAAGUUUUGGUGACCAACGCUUGGCUCGUACACAAAUGGAUUGAUGACAGAAUUCGAUGGAACUCGAGUGAUUACAGUGGACUGUAUAAUCUACGUGUACCGGCGCACAUCCUUUGGCUCCCGGAUGUCGUAUUGUACAACAACGCAGACGAUUACACUGCCGGUUUCAUGCCCAUUAACGCCAUGGUAUAUGAUGACGGAACAAUAUUUUGGUCUCCUCCAUCUAAACUCAGGAGUUCCUGCAAAGUGGACAUCACGUACUUUCCCUUCGACAAACAGAGAUGUCCAUUAAAAUUCGGUUCUUGGACCUACAAUAAAGCCCAAGUAGACAUCACGGCCACGAACGGGACGGUGGACGUAGUCGGCUACACGUCAAACGGAGAGUGGCUGCUGAUUGGUCAUUCUAUAGAACGUCACGAAACCAAAUAUCCAAUCAGCAGCGACAUAUACCCAGACGUUACGGUUGUGAUUGUUAUUCAGCGAAGGAUCCUUUAUUAUGUUCUUAAUAUCAUAUUUCCCUGUUUCUGGUUAAAUAUUCUGAGUUGUCUCACGUUCUGGUUGCCGUCGGACGCCGGGGAGAAGAUAACACUGAAUAUUACCGUCCUCUUAUCCUACUCAGUAUUCAUGCUGGUCGUCGCUGAAAGCAUGCCCCAGACUUCGGAAUUCGUUCCGUUAAUAGGUAUUUACCUGACAAUAUCAAUGUCAACAUCUUCCCUCUCCGUUAUUGUAACGGUGUUUGUUUUAAAACUUCAUCAUCCUGGACCACGCCCCCAAAAAGUACCACGAUGGAUUCGAAUAUUGGUACUGGGAUUUCUUUCAGCAAUAGUUAAAUGCACCUGCGGCGGAAACAAAAAAUCUUCUAAGCAAAAUCAAAUCUUGUCGAGCUCAUUCUCCAUUCAAGAUUUGACAGAUUCAUCAUCGUUAUUUCUCAGCAACCAUAAGAAUGUUCAAGCAGAGAAAAUGAAGAAACUUGCAGACGACAUGAUGAAACAUAUCGAAGAAGAUGAUCUUAUUGAAAAUGAUUCUCCGAUAAAAACACAAGAACAGCUUUCAAAUAUAGAUGCUAUUAUGUAUCACCUGAGUCUUAUAGUGUCACAGUCAAAUAAAGCAGACACGGAGUUUGAAAUCAUCGAUGAAUGGAAGGAAGUUGCACACGUUGCCGACCGAGUUGCGUUUCUUGUUUUCUUUCUCGUGACACUCUCUGCAGCAACCGUCAUUUUAGUAAUCGUCCCUAGUUUUGUGUACAUUGAAAAAGAAGGUCUCUAACAAAUGUAAGGAGCUCCUCGAAUUUUCACUAAAUCGGCAUGUGCAUGUAACUAUUGAGCCACAUCUGGGUACAUGUACGUAAUGAAACCCCAUACUACAAUGUGAAACACGUUGCGUUGAAAUAGCAAUGUAAGUGCUCAUUUUGAAAUACAGUAAAGCAGACUUACGUUUGCGGGUAUAUCGAAAUAUAGAAUUCUAGCGUAUAUUCAUUGUAACAUUCAUGUCGUGCAUGAUCUCAAAUAAUGCGCAUGUAAAGUGUAUAUGUAUACAAUGUAUGUAGUAUUCAGCGUGACAGCAUU